UACUCGAUAUUAUAUGUAAUAAACUGUUAGAUUACUCACUUGUUACGAGAAGUUUUAGUUGAUCAGCUAGUGGAUUGUGUUCGCUUGUUCAAGUAAUCGGAAGAAACAGUAUUUUGGAGAAGUGAUAGUUUGAAUUCGAAUCGUACAACCAAGUGACGCUGCUUUAUCGGUGAUAAAAUAUUGAAAAUGAGUUCGGAUGAAGAUUAUCAGCCAGAAGCGGCAACUAGGAAAAGAGGCCGGUUUUCGAAAUCUAAGAAUGAGGAACUACCCGAUUUGAAUGUUAAAGAGGUUAAAGAGGAGCCGGACGAAGAUUUGGAUGGUAUUCAUUAUGCGUGCAGUGUUUGCGACCAGGUGUUCCUGCACAAGUCUAACUUUUUGCGACACAAUCAACGACAUGAUCCACCGGGAGGUUUUAUUUGUUCGAUAUGUUGCAAACAAUUUACCAGUGACUGGGAUCGGAGUAAGCAUAAACGGGACGAGCACAGUGUAUUUCGAUGCCGUUUAUGUAAAAGCGAGUUUCCGCUGGAAGGUGACUACAACAACCACAUUCUAGAAGAACAUGGUGGUGUCGACCGGGAAUAUGAAGUGUGUCCUACCUGUGGACAACAAUUCCGAUCCGCUUCACAGCUGAAAGUACAUAUGGAAUCUAAUUGCGGCGCCGAAAAGAAACACGAGUGCGAUGUUUGCCAAUCACGUUAUUUAACGCAGGCAUCCUUGAACGCUCACAUGAUAAAACAUUUUGGAGAAAAAAGUCAUCUCUGCAACUACUGCGGGGCUAGUUUUCUUAACAAGGGUCAACUUAAGGUACACGAGAGGAUGCAUACAGGAGAAAAACCGUACAAGUGUAAUCAAUGCAGCAAAGCCUUCGCGCAUAGGGAAAGUCUUAUAACUCAUUCUACGACACACAGUGGUAUUAAGCCAUAUUACUGCAGCCACUGUGAAAGUCGAUUUUCCUGCAUUGGGAAUUUGCUUAAGCAUCGUAGAGCAAGGCCUGGCUCCUGCGGUUUACCACAAUACUGUGUGACUAACAAAAUUGUUGCUCGACCUAACAUUAAAACUAUGCCCAACCUUACGGACCGUCAGGUUAAUAAUCAAAAAGUAGUACAACGUUCUGGGCCACCGAGAGCCCGUAAAUUUAAAACUGAAGAAGCAGAGGAUAAAGUAAUUUCACCUAAAAAACGUAUCGUCAGAAAGGUACCAAAACCAAAAAUUCCAUUUGAGCAAUUAUCUGGUGAUGAAAAUGAAUCGGAAGAAGAUUCUAAGUCUAGUAUGACAGUCACAAAACAGUCCCCAAUAAAAACGGAGAAAAGAUCAACAAAACAAAACUAUGCCAAACUGGUGAAUCUUAAAGUUGAAGUUGAACCUAGCAGUAGAGCUUCAGAUGGCGAUAAUCCAAAUAUGCAUACCGAAACCAUUGAAGUGACGGAGGUUAAAAUUGAAGAAGAUGAUUUCAUUAUCGAAGAAGUCAAUGAAGGUUCAAUCGCGGAAGAGACUAUUGUCCAUGAAGAAGUUCUUUUGAUUAGUGAAGCGAAUUUAGCCGAAUUUGAUGGUGGAAAACCCUCGAAUGAAACUUUUGAAAACAGUCCAUUUUCGGCAAAUGACAAUGACGAUUCUAGUGAUAGUGGAUCAAGCGUAAAAAAGCCGCCGGUAGUAGUGAGGAAGAUAUUUACAGAAAAACCGCCCGUAGUAACCGAAAGAAAACGACGCGGUAGACCCAAAAUGAUACUACCUCCGAAGAAAUUACCAAAAGAUGCAAUUGUGAUUGAUUUGGAGCAGAAAAAGCGGGAGCUGGACGAGUUGCGAGUGGUAUUCGAUCAAAACGUUGAAAAAGUAGGCUUUGAAAUCUAUCAGUGCGCUCAUUGCCCUUCGCAGUACUGCAGCGAAUAUCUAGCUGGUCGACAUUUGGAACGAGACCAUGGCUUUAUGUUGAAACCUUUAUUGGAAACGCUACAAUAUGGUCGUAUUUGUGUGAAAGAACGAAAGUAUCAAUGCCGAUACUGUGAGCGCUUGUAUGCUAACGAGAAAGCGUUAGAAAAGCAUAUUCCUCUUCACGGUCCGGACGGAUCUCUCAAUAUUAAGUGCCCUUGCUGUGUGACUUUCUACGCCAGUCGCGAACAGGCUCUGGAACAUGCUUAUGUCGCGCACCCUCAUCGAAUGGAGUGCCCGUUUUGUGAUCGGAAGUUUAAUGAACCGGAAGCUCAAGCAAGCCACGUCAAAUCUGCCCACUAUGGAACCAAAGAGCCAAAGAAAUUUUCACACGUUUGUCAAAAAUGCGGAAAGUUUUUCAAUGCUAGGCUCGCAGCGCAUGAUCAUGAACGCUCCGAUUGCGGUCGGAGUCCCGUAUACACGUGCGAGCUUUGUUUAAAAGGUUUUCACAGCAUGAGCUCACUGAAGAAUCAUUAUACAGUCCACACAAAUGAAUUGCCAUACUCUUGCCAGUAUUGCGGCAAAAACUUUCGUACUGGCGGCCAAGUUAAAAUUCACGAACGAGUCCAUACCGGAGAGAAGCCUUUUGUUUGCACAUACUGUUCUAAAGGCUUCAGCCACCGUGAAUCGUACCACACGCAUCUUUCUUUACAUACCGGGAUUAAGCGGUAUAUGUGUUCUGGGUGUGCUAUGAGGUUCACGUGUGUUUCCAACCUUCAGGCACAUAAAAAGUCUCACAAAACAACGUGCGGUACGGUACCGAAUGCUUCCAGAGUUGUCGCCGAUGGGUACCACGAGUUACCGGAGGGAUACAUCCUGCCGUUUCCGAAAAAUGACGUAGAAUAAAAAUAUUUGAAUAACAGGAAGCUUAUUCUUUCCAUGUUUUACCUUUAGUCUUGUUUUUGUUCGCAUCAAUUCGAGCUUUUGGGUGUCAUAGCUUCGUUUAACUUCAUUCACUUCAUUACAAUAUGUGAAUACUACUUCCUGACUCGUUUGAAUUCUGGAUAUUUUGGUACAGUUUUACCGGACUUACUUUUAACACGAGAAGUACGGAAAUUUGUGUUAUUCGAACUGGAUUCAAUUGAAACUAAUGCAUUGAUAGGAGUAAUAACAUAAUUAUCUACAAGUGAUUUGCAGUUUAAAUUUAAUUCACAAAAGUUACAAAUGCUAUUUUUACUUACCUAUACGUGCGUAAAAGAUACAUCAGCAGAUUGGCUAGAAUAGCUGUAAUACAUGGAUAUUACUGUUACGUUACA